AUGGAAAAAUUGAAAAGUCUUUUACAUGAAUAUCCUAAAUCAACUAAUAUUUUUAUGGGUUAUGGUACAGCUGGUUUUCGUGCUCGAGCUGAUAUACUUCCAUGGAUAAUGAUUCGAAUUGGUAUUCUAGCUACACUUCGAUCUAAAGUAAAACGAGCUUGUGUGGGUGUAAUGAUAACAGCUUCACAUAAUCCUGAAUGUGAUAAUGGUGUUAAAUUAAUUGAUCCACAUGGUGAAAUGCUUGAUCAAACAUGGGAAGUUUAUGCAAAUACUUUAUGUACACUUGAUGAUGAUAUUAAUAUCAUAUGGGAUUAUGUAGAAACAUUAAUGAUUCAACUUAAUAUUCAGCCAAAUGAUGAAGCAAUUAUUGGUAUUGCAUAUGAUAUUCGACAAAGUAGUCCAUUAUUAGCAAGUAUCGUCAAACGAGCUGCACAAGCUUUAUCUACAACUAUAAUGGAUUUUGAACUCAUGACAACACCACAACUUCAUUAUGCUAUUCGUUGUUAUAAUGAUGAUGAUCUCAAUGGAAAAUAUACUGAAGCUGAUUAUUUCGAUAAGUUAUGUACAGCAUUUCAAAAUCUAAUUUUUAUGACAUCUAGUAAUAAAUCUUUUGAAUCACUCGCUAUUGAUGCUGCAAAUGGUAUUGGUGCUAUAAAAUUAACUCAUGUACGUCGAAUAUUAGCAAAUUUUAUUCGAAUUGAUAUUUAUAAUGAUGGUACAAAGGGUCUUUUAAAUGAUAAAUGUGGUGCUGAUUAUGUUAAAAUAUAUCAAAAAGCUCCUGAUGGGUUACCAUUAAAAAAUUAUUCAAAAUGUUGUUCAAUUGAUGGUGAUGCUGAUCGUUUAAUUUAUUUUUUUAUUGAUGAAAAUAAUCAAUUUCGAAUACUUGAUGGUGAUCGUUUUUCUGUUUUAUUUGCAUUAUUUCUUUCACUUAAAUUACAAGAAGCUAAAUUAUUUGAUGAUGUUAAAAUUGGUGUUGUACAAACAGCUUAUGCUAAUGGUCGUUCAACAGAUUAUAUUAUUAAUACAAUGAAAGUUUCCGUAGCAUGUGUACCAACUGGUGUUAAACAUUUACAUCAUAAAGCACUUGAUUAUGAUAUUGGUAUUUACUUUGAAGCAAAUGGACAUGGAACAGUACUUUUUAGUGAUGAUUUAAAAAGUAAAGUAAAAGCAGCAAGUGAAGAUCCAAAACGCACAGAGAAAGAACGGUUAGCAGCAAAUCAAAUUCGUACAUUUAUUAAUUUAAUUAAUGAAACUGUUGGUGAUGCUAUAGCUGAUAUACUUGCAACAGAAGUUAUUCUUUUUUUAUUGAAUUUAAAUCUUGAAAAAUGGUUAAAUUUUUAUGAUGAUUUACCACAACGACAAUUAAAAGUAGCUGUUAAAGAUCGAACUAUGAUACAAACAAUAGAUGCUGAACGUCGUUGUAUUGCUCCUGCACAUUUACAAGAUCGUAUAGAUGAACUGGUUUCAAAAUAUCCAUCAGGUCGUGCAUUUGUUCGACCAUCGAGUACAGAAGAUAUUGUACGUGUUUAUGCUGAAGCAAUAACACAAAUAGAAGCUGAUAAAUUAGCUAUUGAAAUACAAAAAGUAGUAGAAGAAUUGAUCAAUUGA